AUGGCAGAGCGCCUUGGUUACAAGGUCCUCUUUAUCGCCGAACUGCCAUUCAAUGUUGUAGGACUUAUCAUGACGGUAGCUCUGCUCCCUGAAAUGCAGUUCAAGAGACUAGCUGUCACUCAGCAAGCCCUAGCUUCAAGUUCUCAAUCCAACAGCGACGCGGAAACCACAGUCAUCAAAGGGCAGCUCGACACGGAUAUCACAACCAAGAACACAAUCGCCGAGACUGAUGUUGUCACCGUCCAAAAGAAAACUUUGACACAGAUGCUAGCGCCAUGGUCUCGUCAGACUUACACGGAUAAGAACAUCAUUCGCUUGCUAGCCGAACUUUUCAUCAACUUCAUCAACCCAGCUGUGCUAUGGAUUCUGACCAUCUGGUCAAUGCCACCUUACAACCUAAACAUUGAGCAGAAUGGCUUUUUCUGGGCUGGCGCACUGAUUGGCGGUUUGUUUGCUAUUCCUGUUGGCUCACUUUGCGACUGGUCUGCGAUGAUCAUGUCGAAAUGGAAUGGCGGCGUGUAUGAAGCAGAAUUCCGGAUCCCUGUCAACAUACUUGGCGCUGCCUUGAGCGGGCUCGGCUGGUUCCUGCUCAUGUGGGUAGUUGAUCAUCCCUCCGCCAAUGGGUACUUCCUGGGGGCUUUCUGCCUAGGGUGUAUGGCUUUCAGCAUCUCGGUUCCCUCGACUUCUGCUGGGCUCUAUAUCUUGUGA